AUGAACAAAGAAAAUGACAGCUAUGAAAAUAUUAGUCCUUUUCCUUGUCAAAACCAAAUAUACGCCAUAUAUAAAAAGGACAGUUAUAUGAAACACUGUCUUGUGAAAAAUCACAUCGAACCCAUACCCUUAGAUCAAGAAGUUCAUUUUUUAAACAAAAAAGAAGAGGUAACAUUUAAGCUAACAGAAAUAUUAAAAUCAUUAGAAACUCCAAAACAAGAAAAAGAAACAGACGAUGUUGUCUUACCAGAAUAUUUUGAACAUAAACAACCUGAGCAACUUGAAAAUAAUGAACUAAAUUCAUACAAAAUAAAUUGUGGUGUAUAUCUACAUGAAGUAAAUAUAAUCGACAAGACAUCUUAUAAUUCUAUUACUGAUAAAUAUAAUAAAUAUGGCAAUAUAAAUUCAAAUCAAAUAAGCAUAAAAGGUGAUAUGUAUGUUAAAAAUGUUAUUCAUUUUCAAGAAUGCUCUCAAUACAAUUUUUUAUAUAAAGUACAUAAAAUAGAAUGGUUUAUCGGCCUAGAUAUAAACGAUAAUAGAAUACAUGAAAUCAUACCACAAUGCCAAGGAACAUGUUUUCAAAUACCAUUUGAAUCUUUAGGGAAAUAUAUAUUUUGUAAAGCAUAUAGAAGAGUAUAUAAAAAUACAAUAUAUCAAAAACAAGCGAAAAAUACAAUUUUCGACCCUCAUACAUAUAGCACAAUACCAAUAAAAUUUAAAACACGCCCAGAAUAUGUUGAAAUAUGCUCAAUAACAUCUAAAGGGCCCGUUUUACUAUCUAUAGAUAGCUCAUUUCAAAUCUUAAAACAUUUAUGUAAUAAAUAUUUCCAUAUUAAAGUUAUUCUAGAAGAUCCAUUAAAUAAUUUAGAGAAUUUAUCUUCUUACUCAUCCUCAGACGAUGCAUCUAGUACAACAAAUUCAAAAGAAUCCGAUAAAUUAAACCAAUCACAAAUUUUUCUAAUCACUAUGCAUAUCGAUUUCGAUCAAAUCAAGUUUUAUAAUCCUAAUUUUUAUAUUAUACCUACAAAAAAUAAUGAAAUAAAUUGUGAACAAAAUAAUAUCAAUACCCACAAAAAAAAUGAUAAAAUAAUAAAAAAAUAUAAGAUGAUAGGCAAUGGGGGAAAUAACAAUUUAUCCCAUUCAAAAUAUUAUAGCAAUAGUAAUUCGUCUAUUACUUCUAGCGAAGCAACAAAUAAUUUUUCAGAAAAAAACAAUCAAAAAAUAACCCCAAUCAUACAAUGUGACCAUAAAGAAAAUUCCAAAAAGGAAAAGAAAAUAUCUAAAGAAAAAAUUAAUAAUAGUGGCAAUGAAAAUAAAAUGGGCGCCUAUAAUGAAUUAAUCUUUAAUUUGUAUGAAGUCGAGUUUAGACUAUCUAAUAAAGACAAUUCUAUAAUUCUUAUUAUUGGAAAUAAUUUAAAAGCACAAUUAAAUUCAGUUAAAUACAAAAUGAUGAUUAUCAAACCGUUAGAAAAAACAAUCUCCACUAAUGACUUAUGGACAAUCCUAUUAUCUUUUAAAUCUGCUUAUCCAUAUAAAUCAAUAUUUAAAAAAUAUUCAAAAAUAAUUUAUAAAAAUACAAAUAUUUCCUUUGUACAAAAUAUGCUAAAUAAUUAUUUAAUAAAAUCACAAUUCCCAAAUGUACAUCAAACAUUACCUAUCCAAAAAAUUAGCACAAUUUUUAAUCAAUAG